UCUCUCUCUCAAGGGUUGGUUGUGAGGGCUCGUCUUUCACAAGAGGCGUUGCUCUCUUCGGCCGUGGCGCUUCUCUGCGAGCAAAAACAGAAAUUUCCGCUUCCUGCAACGAUAAACAACUCGCGCAACUUGAGAAACAUUCGCAGCGACUCUGACGGUGAACGGCGGGUUGAAGCGCGCGUCGCGAUCGGUCUAACCGAGCCUCGGUCCUCGUGGACGGAUGACUGUGCUGCAGUAGAGGCUCGGCGCUCCGACAAACAGCCGUUUUAUUCGGGUUUUCCUUCAUUGUUUUCAAACAUAAGGUUCCUCCAGCAUGUCGGAGCGGGGAGGGCUCCCGAGGACUGGAGGCGUACCGUCUCCGCAGCCCUCCAAACCGGUGGCGAUCACCUCCAAUCGGCCGGUGCACAUGAACCUGUACGCCACCUGGGAAGUGGACCGGUCGUCGCCGAGCUGCGUGCCGAGGCUCUUCAAUCUGACUCUGAAGAAGCUGGUGAUGCUGAAGGAGCUGGAUAAAGAUCUGACGUCUGUGGUCAUCGCUGUCAAACUGCAGGGCUCGAAGCGAAUCCUCCGAUCCAAUGAGAUCCUCCUGCCAUCGAGCGGCCAAACAGAGACAGACCUGCAGCUCACCUUCUCCUUACAGUAUCCACACUUCCUGAAACGAGACGCCAACAAGCUGCAGAUCAUGCUGCAGAGGAGGAAGAGGUACAAGAACAGGACCAUCCUGGGCUACAAGACGCUGGCGCUCGGCCUCAUCAACAUGGCAGAGGUGAUGCAGCACCCCAGCGAAGGCGCUCAGGUCCUGGGUCUGCACAGUCAGCUGAAGGAAGUGUCCGUCCCUGUGGCCGAGAUCCGGGUUUAUUCUCUGUCCAGUCAGCCCAUCGACCGCGAGGGACCCAAAGCCAAGAUGAGCGAUCGUUCUCCAGACAUUGAUAACUACUCAGAGGAAGAGGAGGAGAGUUACUCGUCUGAGCAGGAGGGCAGCGACGACCCCGUUCACCAUGUGGGUUUCGGGCUGGAGCACGUGUCCCGUGAGCAGAUCCAGGAGGUGGAGGAGGAUCUGGACGAGCUCUAUGACAGUCUGGAGAUGUACAACCCCAGCGACAGCGGGCCGGAGAUGGAGGAGACCGACAGCAUCCUCAGCACUCCCAAACCCAAGCUCAGGUCACUGUCUGUGGGUUUCGGGCUGGAGCACGUGUCCCGUGAGCAGAUCCAGGAGGUGGAGGAGGAUCUGGACGAGCUCUAUGACAGUCUGGAGAUGUACAACCCCAGCGACAGCGGGCCGGAGAUGGAGGAGACCGACAGCAUCCUCAGCACUCCCAAACCCAAGCUCAGGCCGUUCUUCGAGGGAAUGUCCCAGUCGAGCUCUCAGACGGAGAUCGGCAGCUUGAACAGUAAAAGCAGUCUGAGCAGAGAGCCCUUCAGUCCUGUGAGUUCUCAUCCUGUUGCUAAGCACCUGGGUGCCCUUGACAACCGUUACAGCGCAGCCUUUCUAGACGGAGCCUGGAGAGACACAUUCAACCGAUCAGAGCCACCGCAGACGGGUACACAAUACACACACACACACACACAUAUACACACACCCAUGGGCGGCGGUUUGGCAGUGCAGGGGAGUCCCAGCUUGUCUCACGGCGGGGACGCCAUCGGUCUGCAGGUGGAUUACUGGCUGGCGUCUCUGGCGGAGAAGCGUCGCGAGGGCGAGAGGAGAGACACCGGCUGUAAGAACACUCUGAAGAGCGCCUUCUGGUCGCUGCAGGUCAGCCGUCUGCCAGGAGGAGGAGCCAGCGAGCCGCAGGCGCCCGGCAACACUAUGGCCAUGACCGUGGUCACCAAAGAGAAGAACAAGAAAGUUCCCACUAUUUUCCUGGGGAAGAAGCCUAAAGAGCGGGAGAUGGACUCUAAGAGUCAGGUGAUCGAGGGCAUCAGCCGGCUCAUCUGCUCCGCCAAACAGCAGCAGACCAUCCUGAAAGUCACCAUCGACGGAUGCGAAUGGAACGACGUGAAGUUCUUCCAGCUAGCCGCUCAGUGGCCGACUCACGUCAAGUAUCUCCCGGUGGGAUUGUUCGGCUACAGCAAACCGCCCUCCUAGGACGCCCCACUUUCUCAGCCCCGCCCCUUCAACCUGCAACCUACACCCCAUUGCACACCACCGCCACCGCCACUUUCACAACGCUGGCCAAUCACAGUUGAGACGGGACUCUCAUGUGACCGUCUCUGGAGGGCGGGUAGGUGGAGUUGAAGACGGCUUCGAUAGACUUUUAUCAGCGCUAGUCACUUUUAUUUAUCAAAGGCCCCAGAGCCACAUAUGGGGGCCAAGCACAAAAUUUGGAUACACCACCUGUCGAAGACUAUUUAACAGCAUGACGCCGCUUAAAUCACUCUCAACAACCCUCAAUAUGUCCCUUUGCGUAACUGAUCUCUUCCAUCAUUGACCUCCAUAACCAGUAUAAUUGAGAAAUGCAGCUAAAAUCUACCAUGGUAACUGUAUUUGGAGAUAAACUUGCAGUUAUUGUCACUCAAGUAAAAUCAGCUUUUGGAAUCUUUCUGUUACUUAGCAACUAGGGAAUUUUGGCAGAAACUAUGGUUGCCAUGGUAGUUUUUUGUGAACAGAGAUUCAAACAUGAAAAAAGCGCCAAUGAAUAUUCCGAAAUUAGCAAAUUUCUCGCCUGUAGUACGAAGGCGGAGUUAAAUGCCAAUUUGACAUUGGAGGCGGGGCUACGAGGUGCCCAUCGGCCAACUGAGAAGUUUUUAGAUUUCCUAAAAAUCAUCGUUUGCAUAGUUUGUUUUAUCCUUCCAGUCGGCGACAUCUAGAAAUGCGUUGUUGACCUCCAACCUGCAUGUCUUAAACUACAUCACCCAUAAUGCACUGGCAAAGUUAACAUUUAAUGUUAGUUCAGUAGUGCACUGUGUACUUGUGCACAAAUCGCUUUGCCUGAUGCAGCAGCGGUGUCUCGCGUUCCCCUUGACACACGGAAGGUUAGUAGUUCGCAUUGGUUAAUCUCUGUUAACUAGAAUAAACAAUUUCAGUUUAGUUUUAUAUUCGUUUUUAAACACGCUUUUAUGUGUCAGUUAUUGUUUAUUUUUAACCCUUUUGGCUUAAAUAUGUAGCUCAUCUACAGGUUUUAUUUCGUUUCAUAAAACAUCUCCAAAGAUCUCUGGCCAAUCGGAAUGUAAACAUUACGGGACAGAAUGAGUCAGUCACCUUUAUAAUACGGGCAACGGCAAACUCGAUUUAUGAAAGAACUACGUCGUAUCAAUCAGCACAAGGCCUGACGUAAAGGCUGCACGAGGUUGGAGGUGAAAAUGUCAGCGAUUAAGCCAGCAGAAUUGGGGAAGAUGUAGUUUUAUUGCUGUUUUUGGUUCUUGUUCACAUCUUUACAGCUGGAAACCGGUUUGGGGAGAACUACAAGGGUUUCAUCUUCAUCAGUUGUCAAAUGCUAUGCACUUAAACUCGCCUUCAUUUCUUCAUUUCUUCAUAUCUUCGUCCAAAGCACAAGAAGCGUCCAGCUCCUCAUACAGAAUGCCCAAUUAAAACACGAUUCACAAACACUACCUUUAAACACUGCAAACACAUGAUUUUCUUAUUUUAUUCUUAUUUUGU